AACUCCUACCUGUUUAUCCAUCGGAUAAGAAGUGUGUCACGACCCGAGCUCGCCGGUUUAGAGUUCGGUUCAUCAGAUCAGAAACACAGAUGCAUUUACCGUACCUAACCGAUAAACCUUUUUUACCCGAUAACUCAUCCCCGCGCUUCGCACGAUCUUUUUCCCGAUACUGCAAAUCAAAUCCUUCCCAAUUCCGGUAAAUGCAUCGUCACCCAUUCUUAUCCGUUCUUCAAUUCCCACAUUUAAAGUCCCCUCCUUUCUUCCCUUUUCAGGCACCAUCGUCCCCCCUCAGUCAAACUCUCUUCUUCUCAUUUUCACCCCUGUCGUCCUAAAUUACAGUGCAGGAAUUGGAGGAGUGUGGCGUGUAGAAGAAGAAAGAUAUGCGGAUAGAGGAGAGCGAGGGCGUCUCUGCGUCGAGGAAGCACCUCGUCUUCGCUUACUACGUCACCGGCCAUGGCUUCGGCCAUGCCACUCGUGUUGUUGAGGUAGUGAGGAAUUUGAUUCUGGCAGGGCAUGACGUACACGUGGUGACGGGUGCUCCUGAUUUUGUGUUCACUUCAGAGAUACAGUCUCCCCGUCUCUUUAUCCGCAAGGUACUUCUGGACUGCGGUGCUGUUCAAGCUGAUGCAUUGACAGUUGAUCGGCUUGCUUCCUUGGAGAAGUAUUCAGAGACGGCAGUUAAACCCCGGGAAUCUAUUUUGGCUACUGAGGUUGAGUGGCUCAAUACCAUCAAAGCUGACUUAGUGGUUUCAGAUGUUGUUCCAGUUGCUUGUCGUGCUGCAGCUGAAGCUGGUAUUCGAUCUGUUUGUGUGACCAACUUUAGUUGGGAUUUCAUAUAUGCGGAGUAUGUGAUGGCGGCUGGGAAUCAUCACCGUUCAAUAGUUUGGCAGAUUGCAGAGGACUAUUCUCAUUGCGAGUUCCUGAUCCGUCUCCCUGGAUAUUGCCCCAUGCCAGCAUUCCGUGAUGUCAUUGAUGUACCCCUCGUUGUCAGGAGGUUGCACAAGUCCCGCAAAGAGAUAAGAAAAGAACUUGCCAUUGGAGAGGAUGUCAAAGUUGUUAUCCUUAACUUUGGUGGACAGCCGUCUGGCUGGAGGCUGAAGGAGGAGUUUUUGCCUCCUGGUUGGUUGUGCCUGGUUUGUGGUGCAUCUGAUACCCAAGAACUUCCGCCAAAUUUCAUAAAACUCGCAAAAGAUGCCUACACGCCUGAUGUUAUGGCGGCAUCAGACUGCAUGCUAGGGAAGAUUGGGUAUGGUACCGUUAGCGAAGCCUUGGCCUACAAGUUACCAUUUGUGUUUGUACGGAGAGAUUAUUUUAAUGAAGAGCCCUUCUUACGGAAUAUGCUUGAGUAUUAUCAGGGUGGUGUUGAGAUGAUUCGUAGGGAUUUACUUACUGGUCACUGGAAGCCUUACCUUGAACGUGCAAUCAGCUUAAAACCAUGUUAUGAGGGCGGGAUUAAUGGUGGUGAGGUUGCAGCUCAUAUUAUACAAGAGACAGCUAUUGGGAAGAACUAUGCCUCAGAUAAGCUCAGUGGUGCAAGAAGAUUACGGGAUGCAAUAGUUCUUGGAUAUCAGCUACAAAGGGUCCCCGGAAGGGAUAUACUUGUCCCAGAAUGGUAUGCAAAUGCUGCAACUGAACUUAGUAAGUCUACAGGUUCACUAACUGUUCAAGCAGUAGAGGGCGGACCUUUAAUGAGCUCAUAUAUAGAAGAUUUUGAAAUUCUUCAUGGUGACCUUCAAGGCCUGCCAGAUACAAUGAGCUUCUUGAAGAGCAUGGCAGAGCUAGAUGCUAUAAAUGAAUAUGAAAAGAAUUCAGAGAAACGCCAAAUGCGGGAACGUAAAGCUGCUGCAGGACUUUUCAUUUGGGAGGAAGAUAUCUAUGUGGCAAGAGCUCCCGGGAGGUUGGAUGUGAUGGGAGGAAUAGCUGACUAUUCAGGAAGCCUUGUCUUGCAGUUGCCUACAAGAGAAGCUUGUCAUGUUGCUGUACAAAGGAAUGAUCCUAGCAAACAUAAGCUCUGGAAACAUGCCCAGGCAAGGCAAAAUGCAAAGGGCCAAGGACCUACCCCUGUUCUUCAGAUUGUAAGUUGUGGCCUAAAGCUCUAUUCUUCCAUGUUUCUCCACUCAUCCUUCCCAAGCCAACUUAUGCCACUUAUUACUAACUUAUGCCAAUCAAACAGAAGAACAAAGGCAAACAGAAAUCACUAUAGGAGUACGUUAGUUUAUACAUACUCUUUUAAGUACCACUCUUAUGUUCAUAUCUUUUAUCAGGUGUCUUAUGGGUCUGAGUUAAGCAAUCGCAGCCCAACCUUUGACAUGGACUUAUCUGAUUUCCUUGAAGAUGGGAAGCCAAUGGCGUAUGAGAAGGCAAAUAAAUACUUUGCUCAAGAUCCCUCACAAAAGUGGGCAGCAUAUGUUGCAGGGACCAUUUUGGUUUUGAUGAAAGAACUAGGUGUGCGGUUUGAAGAUAGCAUAAGCAUGCUGGUUUCUUCUGCUGUCCCUGAAGGCAAAGGUGUCUCUUCUUCUGCCUCUGUGGAAGUGGCAAGCAUGUCUGCCAUUGCUGCUGCUCAUGGAUUGAGCAUCAGCCCAAGAGAUAUUGCGCUUCUCAGCCAAAAGGUGGAGAACCAUAUAGUUGGAGCCCCUUGUGGUGUAAUGGAUCAGAUGACUUCGGCAUGUGGUGAGGCUGACAAGCUUCUGGCGAUGGUUUGCCAGCCUGCUGAGGUGAUUGGGCUAGUCGAAAUUCCUAGCCAUAUUCGUUUCUGGGGCAUUGAUUCCGGAAUACGUCACAGUGUCGGUGGUGCGGACUAUGGAUCUGUGAGAAUUGGGGCCUUCAUGGGUCGGAAGAUCAUAAAAUCCUUAGCAUCUGAUGUGGUGUCUAAAUCAUCUGACUUCAGUAACGGGUUCAUCCAUGACGAGCUGGAAGAUGACGGUGUGGCACUACUAGAAGCUGAAGCAUCACUAGACUACUUAUGCAACUUGACACCACACAGAUUUGAAGCCCUAUAUGCAAAGAUGCUUCCCGAGACGCUGCUGGGUCAAGAAUUCCUGGACAGGUACAUUGAUCACAGCGAUCCCGUUACAGUGAUUGAUACGAACAGGAAAUAUGUGGUGAGAGCGCCAGCGACACAUCCCAUCUACGAGAAUUUCCGAGUGAAGAACUUCAAAGCAUUGCUUACCUCUGCUACUUCGGAUGACCAACUCACGGCUCUAGGAGAAUUACUGUAUCAGUGUCAUUACAGCUACAGUGCGUGCGGGCUAGGCACUGAUGGAACAGAUAGGCUUGUAAGGAUGGUCCAAGAAAUGCAGCACAGUUCCAAGUCGAAAUCUGAAGGUGGGACUUUAUAUGGAGCCAAAAUCACCGGUGGCGGCUCUGGUGGCACCGUUUGUGUUAUUGGUAGGAACUCCUUGUGCAGCAGCCAACAAAUUCUAGAGGUUCAGCAGAAGUACAAAGUAGCAACCGGGUAUUUGCCAUUUAUUUUUGAGGGGUCAUCUCCUGGAGCUGGGAAGUUCGGGUACCUGCGAAUUCGUCGACGGUAGCUCACCACGCCUUUCCCACUGAUGACAUUUAUUUCUGCUGCUCCAUAUAGUUAGCUGCCACCAGUCGAGUGUCGCGAAUUCUUCACACGAUGAUGACGACGAAAUGGCAUUCUGGUCACUAGAUAUAGCAUAGUUAUAGACUUAUAGCUUAGUUAGUUGAGCAAUAGGAUUACCAGGUAGCAAUUAAGCCCUCUCUCAGAAGAGAGGAUUCAAUAAGUUGAGAAGGAUGAACAAAUCCUUGUUAUACAAGUUCGUGCAUUUAACGUUAAAACGUGUUUGGCGUUGGUUCAUCAAAGGGUACUCUAUAGUAUUACGAAAUCUUGCACAAGUAUUGACAAUUCCAUACCAGCUUGAUCAUUGUUACAUGGUUUAACCGGUAAGGUCUUACAAUACAAAUGCUGGUUAUUUGUACUAAACCGAUAGCAGUGUACCAAAUUGGGAUAGUUCAUCCAUGACAUCCAUCUCAUCAAAGGCCUUGUGAUGGGUAAACAUGUGCUAUAGAAAGUUUCUCUUUUGAAUCAGGUGGUUGCAGACUGCAGCUCUUUAAUGAACCUGACAGUCAUCUCCAGAAACUCGCUCAUGUGCAAUCUCCUCCACUCCUCAACAUCCCACUCUCCAUACAAGUCAGGAUCGUCUUUGUUCAGCCAAAUGUAGGUAUUCACUUCUAGCUUCUUUUCCUGGAGCGAAACUUCAAGGACGAGACGCUCGUACUGAUCUUCGAACGCAUCAAACACUCGCAGUUCAGGAUCUGUGAUUCCAAACAGGACCCUCCCUGGAACUUGAACUUCCUUGUCUCCUACUACCGGUAAAAUGGCAGGGUAGACUUUUUCUCUUAUGCUAAACCUGUGAUAGCCGUAGAGAAUGGCGGGAGAGGAUGGAGGGACGCGCUUCAGUAGGAUGCUAACAACUUCAUCGGCCAUCAGGCUUCCGUAAACGAACACCUUGUGACCAUCAUUGCUUCCACCAUCCAUAGCCACAGCUGCUGGAGUUGCAGGCUCAUUCAUUAUUGGGGAGGUGAAUCCAUCUUUUGAUGCAAUCCUGGUCUUAGAGUCAGGCUGCUGCACUUCUUCCAUGAAUUCUGCUGUCAUCUUCACAAAAUCACUCAUGUGUGAUUUCUUCCACUCCUUCCCACCCACUCUCCAUACAAUUCAGGAUCAUCUUUGUUCCCCCAGACAUAGGCAUUCACUUGUACCUUCUGCUCCUCCGGGAGUGAAACUUCAACAGUGUGACGCUCAUACUCAACAGCCUCAAACGUAUCCAGGAUUUCAAGCUCAGGCUGGGUGAUCUCACACAGGACUCUACCUUCAACGCUCUUGUCCUCCAUGGGUAUAAUGGCAGGAUAAACCCGCCCCUUGAUGCCACACCUGUGACUGUCAGAGUUGUUGAGGAUGGCGGAGGAGGAUUGAGGCACGCGGUUCAGCAGGACGUGAACAACUUCAUCGGCCAUUAGGCUGCCGUAGACGAACACCAUGUGAGCAUCCAUGGCUGCUGCUGCUGCUACAGAACCCAUCUUCCUUCUUCCUUCAGUACUCUGCCUCUCCAAAAGCUUGGUUCGCUUUC